AAUAAAGCGUGCUUUUCGCUCUCUCUCAUCUUUACAGAAUUCUAGAGAGAGAAACUUAUACCUAAUUUUAUUCCCUUAUUACCCUUUCGACUAUUCUCCUCCUUCUCCAUUUCUCUCAACAUCUCUUCAACUAACUUAUGUCCUCUUUUCAAACAGCUGUGUAACUCAGAAAAUAUUAUUUUAUCAUCCCAACUAAUUUCUUCAGGGUUAGCAAUCCUUACGACGCCGUUUUUAGUUUUUGUUUGAAGGUUUUUCUCUGCUUAAUCAUGGAGUGGCCUGCUUGUUUGAAUGAAUUUGAGAAGCUUCUUUUUCGUAUGGAUACGCCGAGAGUUUCCAUUGACAAUGCUGUUUGUCCUGAUGCCACUCUUGUCAAGGUUGAUAGCGCUAGAAAACAUGGGAUUCUUUUAGAAGCAGUUCAAGUACUCACAGAUCUUAAUCUUUCAAUUAAGAAGGCUUACAUUUCUUCCGAUGGCAGAUGGUUCAUGGAUGUUUUCCAUGUAACUGAUCUUAAUGGAAAUAAAUUGAAGGAUGAAAACGUUAUUAGCUACAUGGAACAGUCACUUGGUAGCAUUCAAUUUACCAGAACCUGUGAGUACAAGGGUGUUACAGCUCUGGAAUUAACAGGCACAGAUAGGAUAGGCCUGUUAUCUGAGGUGUUUGCUGUAUUAGCAGAUUUGAAUGUUAGUGUGGUAGAUGCCAAAGUCUGGACUCAUAACGGAAGAAUUGCAUCCCUUAUUUAUGUGAAAGAUUGUGAUUCUGGGUGUGAAAUUGAGGAUUCCCUUAAGAUAAGCAAAAUAGUUUCUAGAUUAAGGCCGGUUCUUAAGGGUGACAGUGAUAUUAAGAGCGCCAAGACUAUAGUUUCAAUGGCAACUACACAUACUGAGCGAAGGCUUCAUCAAAUAAUGUUUGAUGACCGGAACUAUGAUGGAAACUCAUUCAAUAAUUCCUUGAAAUACGAUGCCCUUGAGGUUUCAGUUCAGAAUUGGAAUGAAAGGGGUUAUUCGGUUGUCAACAUUCAAUGUAAGGAUCGACCUAAGCUCUUGUUCGAUGUUGUUUGUACUUUGACGGAUAUGGAAUAUGUUGUUUUUCAUGCUACCAUCAACACUCAAGGAAGCCGAGCUUCUAUGGAAUUUUACAUUAGGCAUUCAGAUGGAACUCCAAUUAGCUCAGAUGCUGAAAGACAAAGAGUUGUUCAGUGUUUACAGGCUUCUAUUCAAAGGAGAGCAACUCAGGGAGUGAGACUAGAACUAUACACUGAAGAUCGUUCAUGUCUACUCGCAAAUGUAACAAGAACAUUCCGAGAGAAUGGCCUAAACGUAGCGAGGGCAGAGAUAUCCACAACAGGUGAAAUGGCCCUAAACAUAUUCUACAUCACAGAUGCAGAAGGGUACACCCCCGAUUCAAAGACAAUCAAUUCAGUAAGGGAGAAAAUCGGGAUGGACAACUUAAAGGUGAAGGAACUGCCUUUAAUAUACCAUCAAAAUGCAGAAAGGAAUGAAGAAGAGGCAGGAGCCGGGGUUGGAGGGGCCAUGUUACUAUCGCUAGGAAGCAUAGUAAGGACAAAUCUAUACAAAUUGGGGUUGAUCAGAUCAUAUUCUUAAAGGCAACACAAAGGCAUAAAUUUGUUGGCAUGGAAAGGGAAGUUUCCACCUCCCCUUAGCUUUGGCAUAUACCUUGCUUCUUGGUUGGGCUAAUUAGACCCUACUUUGUACAUAAAGAAGAAAAUUAAUUUAGUAAUUAGUAUUAGUAGCACUAUGUAGAUUUAGGCCAGAUUCGGUUAGUAGUAGUAGUAGUUAUGUUAUGGAUACAUGUUUGUCGGGUCAAGACCCGGCCGGUCGGUGGACCAUUUCAAAAGGGUGUGAAGUUGAAAGAAGAUUUUUGGAAUGAGGAGGGAAAAAACUUGGAAUUUGGAGGAAAAAGAAAGAAUAUAGAAUUGUUGGAGGGUCAAUUUCUUGGUAUAGAGGGUAAGAAGAUUAGGUUAUGGGGGGACAAAUUGGUUUCAUACAUCAUAUCUUUUGUAUAGAAUGCCUUUGUUUGGUUCAAAUGGUUGACUAGUUUAUUCCGACAAAUUGACUUGAUUUCUUCUUUC